CGAACCACAACAGAAGCCUCUUUCAGCGAUUUUCCGUAAAAAUGGGUGAUUUUCGCGAAAUGCUGCUCUCCAAGCUGGACAGUAUUGCACAAAAUGAGGUGCGGCAGGAACCGCUUUCGGACGAUGAGAUCGAGGAUAUUCUGUUCCGGAAGUACCGUGCCGAGCUGUCCAAGGACCAAAAGGACCCUACUUCUGGCCAGCAGACGCGUAACGAUUCGUAUCGCUACAUUCCCAAGUUCCACUUUGAGCUGCCGAAGAGUGCGGACUCGUUGGCGCAGAAGCUGCGCGAAGAAGCCCGGACGCUGUUCCUGCAGAAGCGAAGCAAGGAGUUGCUGGAUAACAACGAGUUUAAGUUGCUGUGGAGCCUGCUUGAGAAGCACCACACACCGCCGGCACUGGACGAGGAGCAGUUCAUCAACUACGAGAGCUACUGCAAGGUGGCCAACCUGGCGGGCGACAAGUUUCAGCGCUUUCUCACGGCGACGACUUUUGCGCGGCUGCUAGCGUCCAGCGGAUACCCGGGCAAGAUCAGCGUGAUGGCACUGUUCAACUAUGCGAUGCGCAAGGUCUGGCUGCAGCAGACACGGAUCGGGCUUUCGCUGUACGAUUACACCGGGCAGGGCUAUCUGAGCGAGUCCGAUAUGGAGUCGUACAUACUCGAGCUCAUACCGACGUUUCCGCAGCUGGAAGGGCUGGAGCGGUCGUUCCACAGUUUCUACGUCUGCACGACGGUGCGCAAAUUUUUCUUCUUUCUCGAUCCGCUACGGACGGGCCGCAUCCGUAUCCGGGACAUACUGACGUGCAGCUUUCUGGACGAUCUGCUCGAGCUGCGCGACGAAGAGAUACCGAAGGAUGCGCAGGAACUGAACUGGUUCUCGGCACCGUCGGCCCUCAGUGUGUACGGGCACUAUCUGAAUCUCGACAAGGACCACAACGGGAUGCUGAGCAAGAAGGAGCUGAUCGGAUACGGUUCCGGUACGCUAACGCCCAUCUUUCUCGAGCGAGUCUUUGCCGAGUGUCUGACGUACGACGGUGAGAUGGAUUACAAAACUUACCUCGAUUUUGUGCUGGCCCUGGAGAAUCGUGCAGAACCGCAGAGCUUGCACUACCUCUUUCGCAUACUGGACGUUGAGCAUAAGGGCUACCUGACGGCGUUCACGUUGAAUUACUUCUUCAAGGGCAUCCAGGACGAACUGUCGGUGCACCGGGCCGAGCCGAUCAACUUCGAGGAUGUAAAGGAUGAGAUCUUCGAUAUGGUGAAACCGGCCGAUCCGACCCGUAUCACGCUGAAGGAUCUGAUCAACUGCGGGCACGGGGAAACGGUCGUUUCGAUCCUUAUCGAGUUUCACAAGUUCUGGGCGUACGAGAAUCGGGAGGUCGGUGUUACCUCGCCCGCUAGCGAGGAAGCGAACAGUUUAUGAUAUCGCGCCAUCACGCCGGAACCGCCGGGGACGGCCGAUGAUGAGUGUCGCACAGCAUUUUAAAACAACACAUUCCGUAUUCAUAUCAGUAUUGGAGAUGGCCCUUUUGCCACCACAACAGGGACUGCCACUAUUAAUUCCAUUCCAAGUGCAAGCUUUAUCGCUAAUGCAAUCAUCAGGACUGAAAAUAAAGGAUG